CAGAUGGGCUGACGCGGAAGACUGGAAGUGGCGGAGGACAGUUUCCUCAGCCGGCAUGUAAAUACUGCUUUGUUGCGCUUUGGAUCUCAACGCCGAUUCAUGUAUUAUUGCGCACGGUGCUUUUAAAUGUGUCCGGUAUUAUUGUUAUAAGUUCAUGGUAGUGUGGUUUGUAUUGUAAGUCCCGAUGAAACGGCGAGAUGCUGUCAACCGGUCCAGAACUGAAGCUCCUCUGGCUUUUGUCCUGUGUUCUUCUUUUUUUACUUUUCCAACUUGUGCAUUCAAAGAGGGAUUUACAAAGCGCCUGCAGUACCUGCCAACAAAUUACAAAUAACUUCAACAAGGGCUAUGACAGAACUGCAAAGAAAAACUUUGGUGGAGGUAACACCGCGUGGGAGGAGAGGAAACUGUCCAAAUAUGAGACUAGCGAGAUCCGUCUGACAGAGAUCAUGGAGGACCUGUGUGACAGCAGCAGCUUUGAGUGCAACCACAUGUUAGAAGAGCACGAGGAGCUUUUUGAAACGUGGUGGUUCAGGAGGAAAACAAAACAUCCUGAUCUGUACAAAUGGUUCUGCAUUGAGACCAUUAAAGUGUGCUGUCCUAAAGGCACGUUUGGACCCGACUGCAAUGCGUGUGUGGGCGGCUCUGAGAAGCCUUGUCACGGCAACGGCAUGUGCAGCGGCGACGGAACCCGCGGUGGAACUGGCAAGUGCAGCUGUGACCUCGGCUAUGAAGGGGACUUCUGCCUCGACUGCACGGAUGGCUACUUCAACCAAGUGCGGAACGACUCCUACUCCCUGUGCACAGAAUGCCAUUCUUCAUGCAAGACGUGCAGCGGGGCCACUAAUCAGGACUGUGACCACUGCAAGGAUGGCUGGGAAGAGGACGAGCAGGAAGCUUGUGUUGAUAUAAACGAGUGCUCUAAGGACACGCCUCCAUGUGAAGAAGACCAAUACUGCCUCAACACGGAAGGCUCCUACUCCUGCAAAGCCUGCGAUAAAGCGUGUACGGGAUGCACUGGUGCCGGCGCUGACAAGUGCCAAGCGUGUGCCAGCGGCUACCAGGACACUGAGGGCACCUGCACAGAUAUUGACGAGUGUACCCAGUCGGAGUCACCAUGCAAGAAGGAGCAGCAGCUGUGCGUUAACAAUGAAGGCAGCUAUGAGUGUGUUUGCAUCCCUGGUUACGAGGACCAAGAUGGAGAGUGUGUACAAAAGCAGGAACAAGAAACCAACGAGGAGGAGGAAAUGACCGAAAGUCCUCGCGAGGAGCUCUGACAGUGUAACAAGUGGUACCAAUCCCACAGAACCUUUGGAAAUAUUCACGCUGCUCAUUUAAAAAAAAAAAAAGCACUUAGGCAGCAUCCAAAAUUAAUUCCUACUGUUGGAAUGAGAUUUUAUGCAGUUAUUGUGGAUCAUUUACUGCUUUUUUGUUGUGAUAUUUUAAAGUAAAUAAAGGUGU